UCCAAUUAUUGGAUUCAUAUUUGAAGAAUUUGAUAUAGGUACUUUUGAACUUAACUGGAUCGAGAAAGACUCUCGUAGUGCUACUUGUCGAAAACGAAAAUUUGUACAUGAAGAAUAUGUAAACUUAGAUCCACCAACAAAAAAGAUGGAUUUGGUUAUAUCAUUGCGAAGUUACAAAGUUGAGCUACUAGUAGUUGAAGCGGGAAACACUGAAGGCUCUAUGGAUGAUACAAAAUUUCGAGAGGAUCAUUCAAAGAUCAAAGUGGUUAUGAAAGAUUGUUUGGACGCAUUUUGGAGUAAAUUACAUUUUAGAAAAGAUGAACUUAAGAAGUCUUCGCAAUGGGCAUUCAAAUAA